AUGAAGCUCCAGGCAUGGUCAAUCCGAGUCUGGAUGCGACUCAGUUGCUCAUCCCUUCAUAAUAAACCCCGGUCAAGCGUCCGAAACUUCUCCGCUUCUUCAAACCCUCAAUACAGACCUGUCAACAUCCUCGAAGAUGCCACCCUGGAGACCUUCCAGCAGCGAUGCUUCCUCCCCGAACAACCAGCAAUCCUCCCGCGCUCUACCUUCCAAGACCUCCCCGCCCUGAAACAGUGGUUCAAACGCGAGAGUCUGGAGUCAACACCGGACACCUCGAACCCCGGCGCAAGCCUGAAUGUGGAAUAUCUCCGCCAACACGGCGCCGACGCGUUCGUCCCACUCGAGCUCACGGAAUCCACACCGGCUGACGCUAUAUCCAAAUCCAACGGUGAAACGGCAGAAAUCCAUAGCUUUCGGCAAUUCCACGCGCCGCUCACGCUGUUCCUCGACUGGAUGCGCACGGCCGAGACAACUCCCCAAUCAACGCGGCUUUACCUAGCACAAUGCCAGCUCCUUGACCUCCCUCCUAUCCUCAGAGAAGAUUUUCCCACGCCGGAGCUUGUGGCGUGUGCGGGAAAGGGCGAUGUAUACGAUACGAAUGUGUGGAUUGGACACCCGCCUACUUACACGCCGCUUCACCGCGACCCGAACCCGAACUUGUUUGUCCAGCUGGCUGGGGAGAAGGUUGUGCGGCUGCUUGCGCCAGCGGAUGGACAGGCUGUGUUCGGGGCUGUGAGGAGGCAGCUGGGGAAGAGUGGGAGUCGGGAGGCAGCGGCUUUCCGCGGCGACGAGAUGAUGCAGGGGAGGGAAAGAGCGUUGUUAGAUGAGAUGGUUUGGGGGACUCCGGUGUCCGCUGGUUCGGAUGCUGGGGUUGGCUUUGAAGCGUCUCUUGGGGCUGGUGAUGGGUUGUUCAUUCCCAAGGGGUGGUGGCAUAGUAUUAAGGGUGUUGGUGAAGGUGUUACGGCUUCGGUCAACUGGUGGUUUCGAUAG